UCAAAACAAUGGCCGACUGGAGCUAGCUAACGUUACGUAAAAAAAAAAAGAAUGCUUGUUUCAACUGUAGAUAAACAGGUGUGCAUUAUUUUUUAAAUACGAUAUCAGUGUUAUGAGCAAAUGAUUCACUAGGUGUACUUUACGAGCAAGAAGCUAGCUGUUUGCGGCCUACGUUGAGCGUUGCCAUGAGUGAUGUUGUCGAGAAGACUCUGUCUGCUCUCCCGAGCCUCCUUUCGCUAGACUCGCAGGCAGGAGCUGGGAAACUUUCUCCCUCCUCCAAAUUAGGGAAUCUGAUCAAAGGAAUCACCGAAUUGACAUCCAAACAUGAGGAGGAAACACUUAUUAAAAAGGAACUGGAGUCUAUCAAGGAGCAGGUAGCGUCUCCCAACACCACCAUGGUAAGUCUCACUUCGUCUCCCAACACCACCAUGGUAAGUCUCACUUCGUCUCCCAACACCACCAUGGUAAGUCUCACUUCGUCUCCCAACACCACCAUGGUAAGUCUCACUUCGUCUCCCAACACCACCAUGGUAAGUCUCACUUCGUCUCCCAACACCACCAUGGUAAGUCUCACUUCGUCUCCCAACACCACCAUGCGUCAGAUGAAGGAAAUAAUGGUGAGAGCCAUCUACUGUGAGAUGCUGGGUUACCAGGCGUCCUUCAGUUACAUUCACGCCAUCAAGCUGGCCCAGCAGGGCAGUGUCCUGGAGAAGAGAGUGGGUUACCUCGCUGUAUCCUUGUUCCUUAAUGAAACCGAUGAGUUUCUGCUACUCCUGGUGAACACAGUCCUAAAGGAUCUGCAGAGUACCAACCUGAUCGAGGUGUGCAUGGCUCUAACUGUCGUCAGUCAGAUGUUUCCCAAAGAUAUGAUACCUGCCAUUCUACCGGUGGUGGAGGAGAAACUCACACAUCCAAAGGAGAUCAUCCGGAGGAAAGCAGUCCUGGCUCUGUACAAGUUCUAUCUGAUCGCACCUAACCAGGUGCAACACAUCCACAGCAAGUUUAGGAAGGCCCUGUGUGACAAAGACCCCGGAGUCAUGACAGCCUCUCUACACAUCUACCUACAGCUCAUCAAGGAGAACCCAGAGAGUUAUAAGGAUCUGACCGGGAGCAUGGUGACCAUCCUGAGGCAGGUGGUUGGAGGUAAACUCCCCCUGGACUUCAACUACCACAGUGUUCCUGCUCCCUGGCUUCAAAUACAGCUGCUCAGGAUACUGGCCUACCUGGGGAAGGAAGACCAGGGCACUAGUGAGAUGAUGUAUGAUGUACUGGAGGAGUCAUUAAGAAGAGCAGAGAUGAAUCACAACAUUACUUACGCCAUUUUAUUUGAGUGUGUGAAGACCAUCUAUACAGUUCAUCCAAAGUCACAACUGUUGGAGAAAGCAGCAGAAUGUAUCGGGAACUUUGUCCUAUCGCCUAAGAUCAACCUCAAAUAUCUGGGUCUGAAGGCUCUGACGUACGUGGUGCAGCAGGAUGCUAACCUGGCCCUGCCUCACCAGAUGACCAUCAUAGAGUGUCUGGACCACUCUGACGUCAUCAUUAAGCGCGAGACACUAGAGUUACUCUUCCGCAUCACCAAUGCCCAGAACGUUACAGUGAUCGUCGAGAAGAUGCUCGAGUUCCUCAGGCUGACCUGUGACGACUACAGCACUAUAGACCUCGUAGGGAAAGUAGCAGAACUAGCUGAAAAGUAUUCCCCAGACAAUGUCUGGUUCAUCCAGACUAUGAACUCUGUGUUCUCUCUGGGGGGAGACGUGAUGCAGCCGGACAUCCCUAACAACUUCCUGAGACUACUGGCUGAAGGUGUUGAUAAUGUGGAGGACAGGCAGCUGAGGCUAUUUGCUGUGGACUCCUACGUGUCCUUACUACAGGGGGAGACGGCCAAGCUGCCCCAACGCUUCCUACAGGUCAUCAGCUGGGUGCUCGGUGAGUAUUCCUACCUGAGAGAGGAGGAAUCAGACCCAGGCAGCGUGAUGAGACUGCUGGCCAGACUACUGGACCAGAGACACACCUCCACUGAGACCAGGAGCUGGGUACUGGGGGCCAUGACCAAGCUGUGCUCCAGCCCAGUGUCUGUGGCCCUGGCCAGGGAUGUAUGUGAGAGGUACUCUGGGUCUCUGAAUACGGUGCUCCGGCAAAAGGCCCAGGAACUGAUGAUCCUUAGCCAGGAUACAAAGCUCCGAGCCAGGGUACUGCCAGCCGAGGGCAGGCUAGAAAGCCCGGAGGUAGACUCGUCCCUGUCCUUCCUGGAUGGCUAUGUGUCAGAUGCGUUGGCUGCUGGGGCAGCUCCUUACAAAUCUCCUCAUCAGAGGCAGGAGGACCUGGUCCAGGAGAAAGCUCUGAGCCUGGAGCCCUAUGGUCUGUCCCUGCCGGUCAGUCUGUCGUCCUGCAGCAUCACAGACAGACGGUCUCCUACUCUGCUCUCCAUGAGCUCCGGCCUGUCUGGAAACAGCACUGAGCUAUCUCACCAAGAAGGCUCUACCACUCUGAAGUUGGAGGGGGUGAAGAGGGUGUGGGGGAAGGACGGGUACCUGGCCCAGCAGCAGAGUGCAGGUGAGACCCCAACCCCCCUAGUGGAGCUGCCCAGUCCCCUGCUGUCCCCUCAGAGCCCACCCUCCCAGAAACCCUCCUCUGGACUUGAGCCUGACCAGGAGAAACGGCAGCUGGCCUCGUCGCUCUUUGUUGGCCUGGGGUCCCACAACUCUGUGUGUCUGAUGGGCCGAGCCGAGACUGCGCCCCGACACUUCAGAAGGAAACCAAGAGGGGAGUCAUCAUCAGGCGCCAGCGAAGGCUCCUCUGACUCCUCCCACUCGUCUCGCAGUGCUGCCGUUGACAACCUUCUGCAUAGCAACCUACUGGACUCGACCACUGUGGCCUCAGAGGGGGGUGCUGCUACCACCACCACACCUCAACAGACCUCCCAGAGAACACUGGACCAUACCACUAGCAAUGGUAACCCCCAUGUAGAGGGGACGGAGCAGAGAGUAGAGGCAGGAGGACCUCUCUCUCUGAUCAGGGGAAAUGGCAUGGUGGCUGUUGUACCGCCCACACACACACAGACAGACCCACAAACACAACAAGAUCUACACCCAGCUCCAGCCCUAGAGAGACCCAGGGACCUCCCUCUCACCUCCCACCUGCCAGCAGAGCUCUCUGGGCUGGCCCGCUCUGAGUUCACCCCCCUCUGCUCGGACCAGGACUCCAGCCUGGCUCUGUCAGCCUGUAGAGUGUAUAAAGAGGAUGCCUUAGUGUUGCUGGUCUUCAUUUCCAACAACAAUGACUCAGCGCUCCACCAGAUGGUGCUGCAACUCACCUGCAAAGAACUGGAGAUCUCCUGUAUCUCAGGUAGUCCGUUAAAGGAGGUUAAGGGUCACAGUGUGUCGGUUUGUCUGCACACUGUUGUCAUGAAGAGAGCCUCAGUCCAGGUGGAGCUGGCUGGGUUACUGUCCUACCAGAGACCCCUGGGCCAGCCCCAGGCAGCACAGUUCUCACUGAGCCUCUCUCUGAAACACUUCCUCAGGCCGUUGACUGUGUCCACAGGGGAUUAUGGGAAAAUGUGGUUGUCUUUCUCUCAUGACUUGAAGCAGAACCUUCGACUGGUAACAACAGAACACCAAGAACCUCUGACGGCCACACUGGACGCGCUGAAGGGCAAACUACACCUCCACGUUGUCGACAUCAUAGGGUCGGAGGGCAUCGUGGCGUGCCGGCUGCUUCAGGGUCCAGGUCAGGGUCAGCCAUGUCUGCUUCACUGUCGUGUCCACGCUGACUCUUUGGCCGUGUGGCUGCGCUCCCCUGUCCCUGAGCUGCCUGACUCCCUCCUCUACCACUGUCAGAAAGCCCUGACGGAGACCUGAGCCGGGCCGUGUCUCAUUCCAGGAAGUUGUUCCCUUCCUUCUGCCAUCGUUCACCUCACUGAUCAUAAAAAAUAAAAAAAAGUUAUAUGGCAGCGACUAAGGAUGCGCUUAGACAGGCAGCCCAAUUCUGAUUUAAAAAAAAUCACUAAUUGGUCUAAUCCAAUCAGCACUGAAGAUCUGAUGUGAUUGGUCAAAAGACCAAUUAGUGGAGAAAAAAAAAAAGAGAAUUGGGCUGCCUGUCUUUUUGGUUUAUACCUGACCAGUUGUUUGUCUCAUCGGUAAAGGAGAGUCGACAAGGACGAAGGGGAGGAAACCACUUUAUGGAAUGAAGUGCAGCCCUGCUCUCACAGGCCCCAAGCACCACCACUGAGGAGCCAACGGAAGUACAUAGAAUCUCCUCAUUGAAGCAAUCCCACAGAGACAUACAGUGGAAAGCAGCUGAUGUUAUGUGUCCUUGUCUUUGCAGUACAGUGUUUGCUAUAUAUUUUUCUCAACAGUGAUUUCACGUGGUUUUAUUUUUAUGCUCAUGUAUUUAAUGCGUUUUUAACGGGAACAUCUAAUCGUUCGUAUCGCUUCACAUAGCUCUUUGUGAAAACGUGAGCUGUGAACCUCAGAAGGAACUAGAAGGAAAGCGUGCUCUGUAUUAGACACCCUCUAGAAAUAAACACUUAUUAAAUGAGGAGUUCAGUGGUCUCUCAGUUCUACCAGCUUUGACUUGACUUAAUAAGCUUCACCAUCUGUGUGAGAAGGAAGCCCAGGAAGUCAUUGGAUUCUUGGCCAUGUUUCCCAUUUGAUCUUUUACCUGAUCAUUGGUCUUAUUGGUCUCCUUGACUGUUUCCCUCUCUCCCUCCUUUCUCCUCUCGCUCUCUUCCUCCUUUCUCUCUCCUCUCGCUCUCUUCCUCCUUUCUCCCUCCUCUCCCUCUCUCCUCUCGCUCUCUCCCUCAUUUCUUCCUCCUCUCUUUCUCCUCUUGCUCUCUUCCUCCUCUCUUGUAGCAUUGACACUAGUUGAGCUGCUGUCGAAUGGCUCACAAAAGCUUCAGUAGUUAAUUAACAUGAUCAAUAUUCAGAAAGGUAUUAUCAAGGCAGAAAUGUUUCAGUUUAACAUGUUACACUGAACUGUCAUUGUCCUGCAUGUUACGUUCUCCAGACGCUGCAUCUAAUCAUUCAUGAUCUACUAACGGUAUGCAUUUGAUUGAUUUCCAAUACACAGGCAAGAGCUGAAACCCAGGAGUCAUCGAUGAUUAUAUUUUUAUAUCAAUGCAGCAUGUCAAACGUAUUUAUUAGAUAUUCUUAUAGAAUAUAUUUGGUUAUCUUGUAAAAUACAAGAUAAAAGAGCUUUAAGUCAAAACAGUUUUUUCUUCAUGUGUUCCCCUCAGAUAUCAGUUAGUUAGUUAGUCUAACGUUAAUCUAUUCCACGACACACGUCCUCCUCAUGCUUGCUGUGGGCCAUAGCCAGGGGACGAAGGUUCAUCUGUUAGUUUUCAAUGAUAUUCAAUGUGUGUUCAGAUGCAAAUUAUUUUUUGCCUUUUCGUUUUGUAAAAGCUUGAGUGCUAAAAGUGGAUACAAUUUUUCUGUAUGUAACUUGAAUGCUAACACAAAGAUAACCAACCAAAAACACCUUAUGUUCUGAUGCCAAGGAGACAUGUUCAUUUUGUGCCUGUAGUACAAAAGAGACCAGUGUACUUCAGUGCCUGUCUGCAAUUCUGCUUUACUUUUAGUUAAUAAACCUGACAUUUAACCUUUUACUCGUCUAUUUAGGUAAUCAUUCAUUACUUUGAACAUGCAACACCAAUAACCAUGUGAAGACUUGUAUAAAGAAUUGUUUGUAUCGUGUGCAUAACUACUGUAAUCAUUUACUCAGUAAAAUAAGAAUUGUGUAUAAAUAUCUUUGUAAAAACUAGAAAUUGUAAGUGUACAAUAAAACGAGUGUGUAUGCUUCA